CGGCAGUAGCUACAUAGUGUACAGUGGAGGAGUGCCUACCUAGCAAGAGCUACACGCCGAUGCAGUACCGGUGGUGGCAUCCCAGUACAUCAUCAUCAUCGACCUUCAUCCCGUCUGGCUGCGCAUCAACAGUAAGUAGGUCCAGCCGACGUGGCCCUGAUACCUACCGGGUCCUAUUUACACGCCCGUCUGGCAUGACCCAAGUGCAAGUCGUGCUUCUCGUACUAAGUCUAGGUAGCAUUGCCGCCGUGCAUGUCGAUAGUGGCAGAUACGUUGUGCCCGCAGCGCAGAAAUACCUGUUUCUCCAUGACAGCUGUUAGUGCCAGCCUAUGGAACAAGUGGGUAGCUCCAGCGUUAGUGUCCUGUCUACCAUCGCGUUCACACGUUCCCACAAAGGUCCCGCCCCUCCAGGUCGUCACCGAUCCUUUGCCGCUGAACAAGUUGCUCUCUUUUUUCAGGGCUACCUAUCCUAUGGACCCAUCUCUUGUCGGAUUUCUUGAUUUAUUGAUUCUUCCCAGUUUCCCUAGCUCUUUCAAGCCUUUUUAUUCGACUGUGUGUGGUUGCGCCCCUUCUAGAUCCCGGGUCCCCGCUUGAGGGAUCGACUGCGACUCAAAGCUCCCCUCCCCUCCAAGACACUCGCCAUCUGUACGCGCGCACCAACAAAAAGGACAAGAGGCCCAGAACCUCGUGUGUGUGCUGUACACGCCCUGUCGAUCAGUUACUUUCAACGUUCCCCUUUUCUUCCCAAUCGUUUUCUUCCUCCCGGACUGCCGCCUGAGGUGGUUUCCGUUGCUGCCCAAGAACACUCGCUUCCCGACAAGUCUUCCCCCCUUGAUAUACCUCUUGCGAGAGCUUCCGCGCACUCGAUAAUUGCUGUGAACGUCUCGCCUCUGAACUUCUGACAGCAACACUGGACAAGACGAGGUCGACAACAUGCCCGUUUUCGAUAACCAUGAAUACCUCACAGAGGAGGAAAAGAGGCUGAAGGAGGAUCGAAACCGGACCAAGUACUGGAAGAAAUGGGGUCCCUAUGUGGCCGAAAGACAAUGGGCGACUGUCCGAGAGGAUUACAGCGCCGACGGUGAUGCGUGGAGUCACUUCCCGCACGAACACGCCCGAUCUCGAACAUACAGAUGGGGAGAAGACGGUAUUGCCGGCGUUUGUGACACACAUGGCCUCCAGAACAUUGCCUUCUCUUUCUGGAACGAGAAGGAUGCCUUCCUCAAGGAACGCCUCUUUGGCUUGUCCAACCCACAGGGUAAUCAUGGAGAAAGUAUCAAGGAGGCCCACUUCCAUGUGGACAACACACCUACGCACUCGUACAUGAAAUAUCUUUACAAGUAUCCGCAAGCAGAGUUCCCCUAUGAGGACCUGAUCAAGGAAAACGCUCGACGAGGAAGGACGGACAAGGAAUACCAGAUUCUCGACACCGGUGUCUUCGAAGACAACCGUUACUGGGAUAUCUUCAUUGAGACCGCCAAGGAAGAUGACGAUCCGGAUGAGCUCCUGUUCCGUGUUACUGCCUGGAACAGGGGUCCGGACCCGGCUCCUCUACACAUCAUCCCUCAGAUGUGGUUCCGCAACACCUGGGCUUGGGGCCGUGAGCCGGAAAGCAACAAGCCCUCGCUCCAGGCCGUUGGGGAUAAUCUGGUCAAGUCUCAGCACCACCAGCUGGGAGAACGCUAUCUCCUGCUCUCUCCCUCGCCCGGUGUCGGUCCCAGCGGCGAAGAUGUACACCCAAAGCUCAUCUUCACCGAGAACGAUACGAAUACCGAGCUUCUCUACAAGGUCCCGAACAAACAGCCCUUCGUCAAGGAUGGCUUCCACAGAUACAUCGUCGACGGCGAGAAGGAGGCCGUCAACCCUGCUCAGACCGGUACUAAGAGCGCAGCGUGGUUCACCUUCAACGAGGCUGGUGGUGUGGCCCCGGGCGAGUGUGCAGUUGUUCGUUUCCGUUUCUCCAAGAAGAAUACCGAUUACCUCGACGAAGAAGAGUUCGAUGACCUCAUGGACAAGAAGAAGGAGGAGGCCGACGAUUUCUACUACCGCAUCAGUCCCUUGCCGAUGGCCGACGACCUUCGGAACAUCCAGCGCCAGGCCUUCGCGGGCAUGAUGUGGUGCAAGCAGCAUUACCUCUUUAUCUGGGAUGAGUGGGCCAAUGGCGACCCUGCUCAACCACCUCCGCCUCCUGAACGAAAGAAUAUCCGCAACCAGACCUGGAAACAUCUGCACUGCGACGAUAUUCUCUCGAUGCCAGACUCAUGGGAGUAUCCCUUCUUCGCUGCUUGGGACACCAGUUUCCACUGUAUCACCCUGGCCAUGAUUGAUCCCGAGUUUGCCAAGAAACAAUUGGAUCUCUUCACCAGGGAGUGGUACUGCCACCCCAACGGACAACUUCCUGCAUAUGAAUGGAACUUCAGUGAUGUCAACCCACCCGUACAUGCCUGGGCGACAUUCCGUGUGUUCAAGAUCGAACGCAAGCUGUACGGAAGGCAGGAUCUGGACUUCCUUGAAAGAGUCUUCCAGAAACUACUCAUCAACUUCACCUGGUGGGUAAACAGGAAAGACGUCGAAGGCAAGAAUGUAUUCGAGGGUGGUUUCCUGGGUCUCGACAACAUCGGCUUGUUCAACCGGUCUGAGCCCCUGCCCACUGGCGGCACCCUUGAGCAAGCAGACAGCACAGGCUGGAUGGCCUUCUACUGCCUCAACAUGCUCAAUAUGGCCCUCGAGUUGGCCAAGCACAGGCGCAUCUACGAGGAUAUUGCCAGCAAGUUUUUCGAGCACUUCAUUCUUAUCAGCGAUGCCAUGACCUUCCGCAUGGGUCAGAAGGAUGAAAAGUCGCUUUGGAAUGACGAAGAUGGCUUCUACUAUGAUGCCAUCUCUUGGGGUGGUCCCUGGAUUCAGCAACUGCCUGUUCGCUCACUUGUCGGAUUGAUCCCCCUUUACGCCACCUUGACGCUGGAGCCUGAGCUUAUCAACAAGCUUCCGUCCUUCAAGAAGCGCGUCGAGUGGUUCAUGCAAAACCGUGAGGAUGUCGCAGAGCGAACCAUGUUCAGCAUCCGUAAGCGUGGUAAAGGCAACAGAAUUCUGUUGUCUCUUGUCAAUGAGGAACGCUUGACCAAGAUUCUUCAGCGAAUGCUCGACGAAGACGAGUUCCUCAGUGAACAUGGUAUUCGGUCCUUGAGCAAGUACCACAAAGAGCACCCCUUCUCGAUGGACGUUAAUGGUCAGACAUUCAAAGUCGGCUACGUCCCGGGCGACUCGGACACUGGUCUCUUUGGAGGCAACAGUAACUGGCGUGGACCUAUCUGGCUCUGCGUCAACUUCUUGCUCGUUGAAUCGCUGCAAAGAUUCUACCUUUUCUUCGGACAGAGUCUGCAGGUCGAAUGCCCCGUUGGAUCAGGUGAAUACAUGCAUCUCGGUCAUGUGGCCGAGGAGAUCCAGCACCGCCUGCAGCAUCUCUUUGCCCGCGACGAUAAUGGUCGCCGCAGCAUCAAUGGUGGCAAUGAUGUGCUUGACUACGACGAGAACUGGCGUGAUUACCUUUGGUUCUACGAGUUCUUCGAUGGAGAUAGCGGACGUGGACUGGGCGCCACGCAUCAGUGCGGUUGGACUGGUUUGAUUGCCAAGAUGAUCCACGACACUGGCGUCUCCUGCCGUCUCCCACACACUCCCCGCACACCACGUAUCGGUAUGGCGCACUACUUCGACGAUAUCUUCCACCGCCACGCUGGUGGAACGCAAACACCCAAGACACCCCGCUCUCCCCAUCACCUGCGCCGCAACUCAACUACUCGCUCUAUUUCCGCCCGCAGCGACUUUGAAUUCAAUGGCUUGGAUGAUGACAAGGAACUCACCGACGACGAAGCCACCUCGCCAGUGGAUCGCCGCCGGUCUGUCACCAGCUCUGUGGUGGGACUUUCGAACGGCAGCGCGCGCGAGAGGGAAGAGACCGAUCAGCACCUGCAGAACUAUAUCACUUCUCAGUUGGAGCGAUUGAAGCAGGAGAGGAGUGAAGGGGAGGCAGAUGGGUAUGUGGUUCCUGGGGGUGAAGAGUUUGAAGCUACUGCGACUCCUUGAAUGGGUUGAAGCAUAGAUGCCACUUGGUGCAUUCGAUCAACAGAUAAAAUGGGAGGGAGGCAAGCUGCGAGUUUCUGGUUAGCUGUUAUAGCCAUAGAUGUUUUGGGUUUGUUUUGGCCCCUGGAGAUAGACCUAGAGUUCUAGAGUCUAUACAGAAUGGGUGGGAGGAAGUUUUGAUUAUGAAAUUUGUGACGUUUUAUAUCUACAUUGUGCUUGUGAUGGUGCUCAAUAUGUUGAGAUGAGUGGUUAUGGCUCCUGCGUUUGAAUCAAAGACAUCUCUACGUCAAUUCAUCAUAUAUUCAUGGUUGCAUCACGUUUUUAUUCCUCUCUAUCUCUAUCUGGUUACCACAAAUACCCGUGACGAUGGCGGGUGUCACGCAUGGCAUUUCCCAGGCUCUUGAGGUGUGUUUCAAUUCUGCUAUUAUAGAAGGAAGGGGCAAUCACUCCUGCCCAUGGGGUUUAC